AUGGCUCAAGUUAUCUCGAAUUCCGGUCACGAUGAUAUGAUUCACGAUGCUGUUCUCGACUACUAUGGACGUCGCUUGGCAACCUGCUCAUCCGACAAGACAAUCAAGAUCUUCGAGGUUGAGGGAGAUUCACACCGCUUGGUAGACACGCUCAAGGGACAUGACGGCGCUGUUUGGUGUGUCUCAUGGGCACACCCCAAGUACGGCACCAUCCUAGCUUCUUCAUCCUACGACGGCAAGAUCUUUGUCUGGCGCGAGCAAAACAACCAAUGGCAGCGCAUCUACGACUUCACUCUUCACACCGCCAGCGUCAACCUGAUCGCCUGGUCACCGCCAGAGCCCGGCUGCCACCUGGCUUGUGCCUCGUCCGACGGCUCCGUCUCCGUCAUCACCUUCAGCGACAAUUCCUUCUCCCACUCCAUCUUCCCAGCACACGCUAUGGGCGUCAAUGCCGUCUCAUGGAGCCCCUCGCUUCUUCCCGCACAGCUCGCUGCUGCCCAAACUCCCCAAUCCCAACCACAACCUCUGCGCCGCUUCGUCACCGGCGGUAGCGACAACUUAGUCAAGCUUUGGGACUUCAACCCUCAGACCCAGUCAUACAACAACAUGUGCACUCUUGCCGGUCACUCAGAUUGGGUUCGCGAUGUUGCAUGGUCACCCACCCCACUCUCAAAGUCAUACAUUGCCUCGGCCUCGCAGGACAGAACUGUGCGCAUUUGGACGUGUCAAGCAAACGCCGACCCAGCCAAUUCGUCAAGCUGGCAGAGCACAGAGCUCAAGUUCGAUGCUGUUGUCUGGCGUGUUAGCUGGAGUCUGAGCGGUAACGUCCUGGCUGUCAGUGGUGGUGAUAACAGAGUCAGCUUGUGGAAAGAAAGCCUCAAGGGAGGAUGGGAUUGCGUCAAGACUAUCGAGGAGUAG